AAUUCUUUUUUCAUUGUGGCAGUUUCGUGUUAUCUCGUACAUCCAAAUGAUUAUUUAAUUGUUCUUAAGCUUAAAGGAAACCCAGUUAUUAUACAUGGAGAGAGUCCUAAACUGGGGAAGGGACGUUAACAGAACAUUUCAUCCGACACGGAUUCGCACUUAAGUCAGGAACGGAGCGUAGUACCGUGGUUCGUGAGAACGAGAGGGAUUGCGAUAAAGGAGGCGGUAGGGAGGAGCACUCCUGGCAUUAAGGAUCACGAUCGCGUUGGAGUAAGGACACGAGGAGACACCAGCAGACCUCGCCGGCCAGCGCGAAAGAAGGGAUCCGGAUCCCCACUAUUAAAUGGCUCGACUGUGCAGCGAGCGCAAGGAGGAGCUACAUCGGGGGCGGCUCGGCACCAUCUAGCCUCAGUACAAUUCCACCAUCCGCGAAGUUUAGUUACACUGGUAACACUGGGAAAACUCAUUCGGGGUAACAAGGGUGAAGUACCUCGUACAUUCCGUCGCGGAUGGAGAAAAGUUCGGCUCGAAAGGGAAAUCACUAAUUUCAUCGAGGACGAUUCGACACUAUUAGGUGACCGAGAAUUUUUUUUCCCUGCGCCGUAUAAUAAUAUUAUCCUGUCCCAGCCUUGACGGACAAGUUUGAGAUGCCGAGGAGAAGAUGCCUCUGUUUAGCACUUUGAGAGACAGCAAGAAGAAAGUCUAAUUCUAAUUUCUCCGUUCUAAUUCAUUCGUACGUACACCUGUACUUAAACCGCGUAAUGUCAGCUCUUGCUGCGUCUCGAGCGCAAAAAAAGAAAAAUUAAUUUACCACCCGUAUGAUUAAGCGGCGGGGAGGAAUGUAUGGAUCGCAUUUUCGAGAUCAUCAUGUGGAGAAGUAUAACAUUUAAGUUUCAUCUACCUGGGAAACGCGGAUUGCUACGCUAAUUGUUCGACCGCCAGUAUAUAAUACGUGACUUUUGUUCCUUGAAUGAACCGUGCGAAGGAGAUAGAGAGAGAAGGGGGGAGAGAGAGAGAGAGAGAGAGAGAGAGAGAGGGAGAGAGGGAGAGAAAGAAAUCGUGCAGAAAGUGUCCGCGUCGGCAUAAUGACAACGGUGGUGGAAGACUAAACGAACGAGGCCGUGAAUGAUGUAGGCAAAAGGGAGCCGCGUUCCCACUAAUUAAACCUGUCUACACCACAAAAGAGAAGCUAUCCCCGGCUGGUCUCGGCGGCUGGUACCCCGGCAUUCGUCGAGUGGAUGUUACGAAGGCGAGAGGCUCCGUGCUCCGACGGACGGAGUGCCGAUUACUUAAACCGAUCGGAAUAAGAACGGAGUACGCGAGUGCAAUUACAUCAUCGAUAAUCCCUCGGCCGUGCGAAUGUGAAAGAAGGAUGAUGAGGAUCACGAGGAUCAUCGUAAGGAUCUCUCAUCGUGGGAAUCCCGUCCAGAAAUCUGACGUCUCGCUACAAAUGGUCUUUGCUGGCCAUUUAAACGUUCCGUUGAAAUGCGAGAAAUAGCUGCCAGCGGUAUCAUCGUGCAGUAUCAUUAUUUUCUUGUCGGCUGAAUCAGUCUACCUUAUCGGUAACUGUGGAAGGAAUUGGGAUAUGAAGUUAAGAGCUUUUUCCGCAUUCCCGGGAAUCGCUAAACAGCAAGAAAAUACCAACGAAAAUCGGUGACUUAAUUCGCAGCAUACAAAAGGGUGCGAAAAUGCGGAUGCAGUUGCUGAAGAUCGUGGUGGUCCUGCUGGCAGCAGGAUCAGGUGACACCAGGCCGCAGAAUGGCGCGGAUCCGCAGGCGAAGAUGACAGAAGGGAACGACGAGGGAUGGAGAGGCAUCCAGCAAGUCUCGAGCAAGUCACACGACAUUGUUCGAGACGAUAGCAGCAAACAAUUGAACAACACCCACCGUGAAUUGAAAGAUCUGCAAUACAUGGAUCAGUCUCUGAGAACCGUCGCUACACAACUCCUCAACGUUACAAAUCCGCAAGACGUGAUGAAGGUGAAUAACAAGGAAAUCAUCAAUACUGAAUACGACGUUGUAACUACAUUAAAACCCUCGGAGAAGAACAAUGCUCCUUUAUUGAUAAGAAAUGUCAAUUCGGCGAUCAGCCAUCAGAAUUUAGAGCCCGUAAGCGUGAGUUACGGUAGGCCGAUCAAUUCUAAGUUUAGCUACUUCGAAAGCAGCCAUCCGGGUCAAGCAAUGGCGAUUACGGAAGAAGAGCUCGAACGGGAGAUGAGCACAACGAGAUUGAUUACCGCCUAUAAAAAUCAGCCAACGACUACCGGCGGUAUCUCCACUUGGAUCCUGCUGAAUCCUCCGUCCACCACCGCGAAGAGCGUGACGGAGACUGAAAAGAUGAAGACACAGCAGCCGUUCCAAACGGAAGUACGACUUACGGUGAGGCCGAGUUCGUCAAUCGAAAAAAUGGAAACAAUUUCGCAGCCUGAGAAGAUCACGGAGAAGACCACGCCGCUAUUAACCCCCAUUAUAACCACCGAGAAAGUAACCGUGAUCACGAAGAAACCAACUGCGACGACGACGAAGAAAACCGCAACUACUUUGAGACCGGAGAAAGUUACUCAGAAUUCGGAGACAGAGAAGACAGAGACUUCGUCGAGCACGACCCUGAAGGUAAUCCGCACUACGACAACGAGCACUUCGACGACGAGCGACGGUACGGCUACGUUGACAACUGUUCUCACAACGAAGAAGAGCCAGCCGCCGCGAACUACUUCCAAGCCGAAAGUUACCACGCCGAGAACGACUUCACAUCCCAACAAGCCCACGACAACGAAGCCGUCGACCGCGAAGCCGGCGAGACCGAAACCGACGAGGAAAACGACAGCUAAACCUGAAACGAAUGUAAAGAAUGAGACCACGGCGUCGACUGGCAAAAUUGAGAAGGUUACCUUCAAACCGGUCCCGAUCAUCACGACCCCACAGAACAAGCCGGAGAAUACCGAGAAGCCGACGUUCGUUACGAAGAUAAAAGCGUCGGUGCUCAUGGACACUCAGAAGACUCCAACAAAUUUACUUCCGACUACCACCGCAACUACCCUGAGCGCUAGUUCCAACACAUUCAAACCAAAUUCGUCCAAUGCGGGUCUCGUGGAGGUACCGGUGAGAUCGAAGCCGAUCGGCACAAAGAAUAACGUGUUGAAGGCGCAGCUGAAGAAACCCGUGGACGAGACCACGCGGAUCGAGAUAGAGCCGAUCAAGGUGAACACGCCAGUCCUGAAGAUCGAGAAGAUCGACAAGAACAAGAUGGACGAGAUCGUGCUAAAGGAUACGGAUGAUUUCAGCAACUCCAAAAUAGAUCUGAAGUUUGACUUUAAUCCCGAAUUGACCAAGAUCAACGUGGAAACGCAAACGGAGACGACCGGAUCGACGUUGACAAACACGGCGUCGACCCCGACGACGAAGCGGCCGAGGCACAACUCGAAGAGGAAGAAGAACAAGAGAAGGCGCAAGCCCUCGAGGACCUCGGUACUAAGCUCGACGACAAACGCGAUGGUGCCUAUUCUAAUGGAGACCAACGGCGAGAGCGUUACUGACUCCACCAUCAUGGACAACGCGGUCCAGGAAUCGAAGAUUGCGCCUGAGACAAAGGUCGGGACGAACACGACGAAGACCAAGAAGAAGCAGCCGCAGAAGGGGAUCAGCACUCAUAUCUACAAUUUCCUCAGUCGCGAAGUGAUGCCCAGCUUCGGCGUCAUGUCGCUGGUGGGUUUGGGUAUCGGUCUCGCCUCGUAUUUACUGUAUCCCUUCGGCGGCACGAUCACCAGAAGGAACUAUGAGGUGGAGCCGAACUACAAGUACAAUAUGGAUGAAUACGGCGGUAAUUACGGACAGAGAGAGGAGGAGAUGUUGUCCAAGGUGUUCCAGGGUAUGACGAGUUACGAGAACAAGUAUCCGGGCGAGAAGGACAACUACAACGACAACUACUAUCAAUAUCAGCAUUACGACGGCGCGUACAACACGGCGCAAACAACGAAGAAGGUCGACGUGAGGUAUCCGUCGAUAUCGACUUCUCCCGUAUACAAAACCGCGGAGAACACCCAACCGGCGGUGAAGUACCGGAACACGGACUACCGAUAUCCUGACGUGCAGACUACACCGGUUUACUACGAUCGUAAGCGUCCAGAUCUUACGGUGGAAGUUGGCGCGGGUUCGGCAGCGAAUCGGCAAUUCGUAGUCGGCAACGUGCCCAAGGAGUAUCCGUACGACGUGAAAGUGGCGAACGUACCGGUGGACAGCGGCAACAAGGGAGUUGGCUACAUGUCGACCGAGGUCGGGGAGGAUACGCAGUACGAGAGGGACGUCGCGCAGAGCUACGAUUUCGCGAACGUGGCCGGCUUGCACGGUUACGGUCAUUUGGGAGCGUCGACCGUCCGGUCGGACGACGGAUAUGAGGAGAUUGAGAUAACGCCAACCGCGGUGGCCGUCGAGCAUGGGCCGCGAUCACUCAAGAUCAAACGCGCCGCUCUUGACGAGGCCGAGGGUAGCCCAGACGGGCGACGUUCGAGAACGAAGAGGGAGUCGGUGAUACAGAUAAUACCGACGAAGCGCGAGCUGGAAGAGGAACGCGAGGAGGUGGAAAAGGAGGAAGAUCUGAGCAACGAGAUCUUGGACAUCAUCGACUCGGCUCUUCCAGGCGGCGCAAUGCCGCACAAGAGGGGCAGUGGCGAGAACAACGAAGUGGAGGACCUCGAGGGACAGAGGAAGAGGCAGCAGGAGGAGGCUAAUACGCGCAUGAAGGAGUCCACCUUGAAAGCCAUCACUACGGAAGAUACGACGGAGUUCUCCACGACCGGGAGAACGGACGACGGCGGUACCAGCGUCUCCUCGGAGAAUACGUCUGACAGGGAUACCACCACGCAUCCCACGGAUCUGAAGAACCCCGAAGACCCGAUUGUCGAGUGGUUUAACAACUCGACCACGGAGAAGCCUCCCUCGGAGGGCUUCAGCCUCAUAAAUUUCGUGAAGAAGGUUGCCGAGAUCAAGUUCAGGCUGGGUCUGACAAUUCUCAAGCACGCCAGCGAGGGCUUCGCGCGGUAUCUGGGCCACGUGCAGAAGAGGAUCAACGGCGAGGAAUGAGGGGGAGAGCAGCGAUGGAAGUUUUCGCGUCGUGUGAUACGCGUUUUUCAAUUUCACGGCGCGAGACGAUGGACACGCGCUGGAUAACGGCAACGAAUGUGACGGCGACCGUAGUCCUGGUAACUCGUACUCGGGGUAACGCGAAGAAGCGACGCUCCACCGACUUCUUCUUCGCGGUAGAUUCGAGACGCGAUUUCACGGACAAUCAUUUUUGUUCCCCUCCCCCUCCCCGUAAACGAUGCGAUUCGAUACGAUAUGAUAGGCGAUCGUCCUUUCACUUAGAAAGCUAAAACGACGAAGGCAAACACGGACUACUGUUACGAUCACUGAGCGCGCGGCGUCUUACUCUUCGAGGUAUCGCGGACGCGGAACGCAUCUUCUUUCAGGAUCUUUAUCGGUACUCGACUGGUGAGGGAUCAAUGACAAUGCCCUCAACGUGUUCCGACAUUGUUUCAAAAAAAAUUUUUUUUUUCUUCAUUCCAAAGUUUCCUUCGUCCGAUUAUUACAAAGUUUUAACUUUAGUUUUCGAGUCUUCGUGCAAAGAAUGCAUCUCGACAUGCGAUAUACAAUGCAUGAUAAGAUGCAUUCCAGGGAUACUUUAUCGAAAGUAUAAUAGACAAUCGAAAUAACCGUGCGAUUGGUGAGGGGUUUCGAGAGAUUUAUUCUCUCUCUCUCUCUCCCUCUCUCUCUUUCUCUCUCUCUCUUUCUUUCUCUCUUCCACACACACACAGGAUUGAUUGGAUCUUUAUUAAAAGUCGCUUUUUAAUCUCUCUCUACAAUUGUUUGGUUGGUAUGUGCACGCUGCUCUCUUACCCUCUCGCUGGAGGGCGAGCAAAGACAUAUGGUGGAGCCAAUAUUAUUGGGCAGCUUAUACUGUAAAGUAGUACGCUAUAUAACUAAAUAAAUAAAACGAAUUGAACGAAUAAAUAAAUAAAUAGAUAAGUAUGCAAACUCUCUAUGUAAUACCCUGAUAUGUAAAUAAAUAUUGGAGAAUGUGAA